AGCUUAAGAUCAGAUUAGGUUAUGCUUCGGUAUUGAAGAACAGAAUCCCACUGCCAAGGCGGUUGGUUCCAACUUCCAAAUUCUGAUUCCGUGCUCCCAAUUCUUCGAUAUCUGCACACACAAGAACGCUCGAAGGAGGUUGAAUUGAUCUUCUUUAUUAGUUGAACCUGUUUGAAGCUAAUGGUGCUGUGUUUCCCUUCAACACCAAAGAAACUGGCCAUGACCAUUGCGUGCUUCCUCUCUGGUGCUGCUAUUUUAUCUUUCGGGGCGCACCUUUCUUAUGUCAACGUUGCUCCCCAACAAGCUCGAACCAAAGCUCGCAACGACUUUGUUAAAGAGACGUUGAAAAGAAAGUACGGUUACGUUUCCCCGUACGAAGCAAGGAGAAUGGCUCAGAGUGGUUUGGUCAAAGACACAAUUGGCAACUCCAGCUUUAACAAAUAGAAGAAAAACACACUUCUUGAAAGUUUUGGUUUUCAUCCUUUCUCCUUUACUUUUCACUUAUUUCUUAAUUUGAUUACUUCUAGAAUUACUAGACCUGGUUAUUAGAAGAUGUUUUCUGAUAGUUGUGCAUUGGUUAGUAAGCAAGUGGCAUGUGGCAACAGAUAGAAGAAGGAAGAAAGAAGAAGAAAGGCGAACUCGAACUAAGGUUUUGAGAAAAGUUUCUCUGUAUUAGUUUCUGUUCAAACCAUGAUAUGGGAAUUACAAACAGAAAAUUAAACAUUCUAUCAGUUUGGAAUUAUAUAUUGAAGAACAAAAAGAGUAUAUCACAAGUGAUGAAUUAUCCACACUCGUAUGGACCACACAAAUUUCUCCAAAAACAUUGCUAUAGGAAUUAUCAAUUUAAAAUUUAUUAAAGGAUGUUGGCUUAAAUAAGUUUAGUUAUCAUAAAAUAUUCAUUCUUUUUUAUGCUGAUCUCACAUGUCAAAAGUGUUUUAUGUGGAAGCUUCGUAGUAAAGAAAAUAAAAGAAGGUAAACACGAAAAUGAAGAUUAUCAUCUUGAGCAUAUGAAACGUAUAUAUUUUACCUUUUUUAUACAACACAAGAGAUUAAUUGUUGUCUAUAGCAUCGAAAAAGCAACAGAAGAAAGUGGAAAUACGAAUCAUCAACAUCCCUCUACAUCACUUCUUUAGAAUUGAUAUGAAAAAAGAAAAGCAGUAAAAGUAGAGGAACCAAAUACAAAAGAGGAAGCAAAAGGAGAUGCAAGAAUAAUAAUAUUAGUAGUAAUACUACGGGUUGUCCUACUGAGAUUGUUGUUCAAUUCUUUCCACUAACAAUAUUAUGAUUUAAAAGCCAGCAAGCAAAGAAGUGUUUUCCAUCUUUGCGUUGUGAACAAGGAAAGCAUAUACCCCAAGUCUUGAAGACCCCAAAUGGUUCUGUUCCUUCUUCUUCCAUCAUUGAAUAACUUGUGUCACCCAAUUUGCAAAGGAAAAUGUCGUUUGCAGAAUCAAGUCCAGUUAUGUCUAUGGAUGAUGUCAUGGCUGCUACUAAUGAAUUUGCUAGGGGAUUCAACCACAGUUACUACCUACCCCUUCACAUGGCAAUUCUAAAAGGAGAUUGGGAAUCUGCAAAGUCAUUCCUUGAUGCUGAUCCAAGUGCAUGGACAUCAAAGAUCACCACACUGGCCAGAACACCGUUGCACGUUGCCGCCGUAGGAGCUCAGUGGAAGAUACUUGAGAAGUUAGUGCAUCAUGUGCCUUCAGAAUUACUAGCUGAAUUGGACUCCAUGGGUUUCACUUGCCUUCACUAUGUUGCAAUGGGAGAAAGCAUUGAUGCUGCAAAGGCAUUGUUGGCUAAGAAUCAUUCUUUGACGCAGAUAACUGAUUUUAAAGGGUUUACACCACUUUUGUAUAGUGUUACCUCUACCAGAUGUAAAGAGAUGGCAUGGUACCUUGCAAUGAAUACUGUAGAUGAAAGACCUGGUUUUCCGUUUUCUAGUGAGUCGUCUCGUCAACUUGUUGCAUUGCUUACUGCUGCAGGAUUUCAUGAUAUCACCAUGUAUCUUCUUCAGCGCUACCCCAACUUGGCGACUAUUUCAGAUUCAAAUGGAAGCAUUAUACUUAAUGUUUUGUCAAAGAAAACUUCUGAUUUCCAAAGUGGAAAUAAGUUUGGGAUUUUGCACAGAUGCAUUUACCAUUGUGUUCCAGCUCAACUUGAUCAUUUACCACAUGGUGAUUUAAGAGAUUCUUAUGACCAAUCAAGCCAUCAUCAAUCAUAUUUUGGAAGCAAAAUAUGGAAUGCAAUUCAAACUUCUGCUCCUAGCAUAAAGCAUUUAAGAGAUGUAAAGCUGAGACAAGUGUUUUCUGAGAGAUUGGUAGAACAUGUUUGCUCUCAAGCUUCAACCAUGAGCAACACUCAAUUUUGGGAGUCUUUUGUGAGCAUGGACAUUAUCUACAAUGCCACAUCGUCUGGCAUAGUUGAGAUUUUAAGGAUAUGUUUCCAGUUUUUUCCGGAUUUGGUUUGGACUCGCAUUCCAAAUGAAGGAUAUAUAGCUCAAAUCGCCAUUAAAUAUAGACAAGAGAAGGUUUUUGGUUUCAUAUGCAAGAUGCCAAUAAUUUCCAAGAUUUUAAUCUUAGCAUUAGACGAAUCACACAACACAACAUCACAUCUAGCAGCAAGAUCUGCUCAUUCUCAACUGUUAUCAGUUUCUGGUGCAGCAUUUAAAAUGCAGAAGGAGUUACAAUGGUUCAAGAAAGUUGAGCAAUUGGAUCACCCUAUUCACAAGGAAAUUAAGAACCAAGAUGGAAAAACAGCAUGGCAACUAUUCAAGGAAGAACACAAGAAUUUGCUAGAAGAAAGUGAGAAAUGGAUGAAAGAUACAGCGAACUCCUGUAGCAUUGUGGCAGCUCUUAUUGUUACGACCGUUUUCGCCGCAGUUCUCACAGUACCUGGAGGUAACAACCAGGAAAAAGGAUUUCCAAUAUUCUUGCCAGAUAACACAUUCCUAGUGUUUGCUGCAUCGGUUGCAUUGGCUUUGUUUUCUUCCAUGGCUUCUCUUCUGAUGUUCUUGUCAAUCCUAACAGCACGCUACGCUGAAAAAGAUUUUCUCAAGGCGUUACCUCGGAGAUUAAUAUGGGGUCUUGCUUUGUUGUUCUUUGCCAUUGUUACUACCAUGGUAGCAUUUGCUGCUGCGCUUUCUUUGGUUCUUCGCAAUAGACUAAAAUGGGUGUGGAUACCAAUAGCUAUUAUGGCUUGUGUCCCAAUUGCUCUAUUUGCAAAGCUUCAAAUUCCCUUGUUCGGAGGAAUGAUCAUAUCAACUUAUAGAUCUAGCAUUUAUCAUCCUUAAAAUCUUUGUAAGGCUUUUGAGAAUUGAUAAACAAAAGCAUACAUUAGAACCAGUGAAGUGAGGUUUGCACUGCUUCAUAUUUGAUAAGAGUGUUGCAGCAUUCCAAAUAGUGAAACAUAUGUAUAUUGAUUCUCCCAUAGUGGUUUCUAUCAUGAAUAUUAAUAAUGCACACCAAUACACCUAUAUAAUUGUCAGCUGCAUUAAUUUCCUUUGGCUUGUAACAAGUAGGGACAAACCGGUUAUACUGGUUUUUGCAGCUUGUGAGUGUACAAAAAGUUAAAACCUGGUUUCAAAUUUCAUUGUAAUAAUAAUUCUAAAGCAUCUGCUGUAUAAAAUUAAAAACUUUAUUAUAAUAACUCUAUAUUUGCCUAUUUUGGCUCAUCAAUCAUGCUACUUAAGUUUUGUCCGUAUA